AUGCUCACCACUGAGCCCCCCGCAUCCCUGGGGCAGAUUGAGCUUCAACCCAUCCGUAGCACUGAAAGCGCAGGCCCUCCUCGAUUGGCAGCAGAAGAUGCGAACCAACUCACGGGCACAGGAAACAAGACCAUAUUCAAAGUCCUCGCAGCCAGUAUGGGAUUCUUCUUUGCUGGCAACAAUGACGGCAGUCUAGGUGCUCUGACACCAUACAUCCUGCGAACCUACAACGUUGGCACUGAAUACAUUGCCUUGAUCUAUGGAGCCGCCUUCCUUGGUUGGCUGUUUGCAGCAGCUACCAACAGCCACAUGUCCCGCUACUUAGGACUUGGAAUGAUCCUCACGCUGGGUGCCGCUAUUCAAGUCGCUGCUCAUGCGCUACGAGCCUGGACGCCACCCUUCCCCCUAUUCGUCAUUACAUUCUUCAUCCAAGCAGCUGGCAUGGCCUACAAUGAAUCUCACGCCAAUUCCUUUGUUGCAUCACUGCAAAAUUCCCACCGGCCUCUUGGAUUCAUACACGCAAUGUAUGCUCUGGGGACGCUGGUAUCGCCAUUUGUCGCCACAGGUAUUGCAACGGCUACACCUACUCGUUGGGCGCUGUUUUAUAUCUACCUCAUCGGUAUUGGGGGCAUAAACAUGCUCGCUGUGGCAGUCUUGUUCCGUGACAGCCUCAGUAUGCAUGCCAGCCCGACCUCCGGUGAUGGCCAACAGGCAGCUGCUCCAAGCAGGAGGAAACAGGCCAAUCAUGAUCUGGUGGCCGCAUUGAAGUCACCACCAGUCUACCUUCUCUCAAUGUUCUACUUCUUCAUGCUGGGUGCUGGGAUCACGGCGAGUGGCUGGGUAGUCGAAUACCUCAUCGAAGCACGCAACGGCAAGCUACCAGAGGUAGGCUACGUACCUGCAGCUCUUGCAGGUGGUAUUUUCCUAGGACGGAUUGUCCUUGCCGAGCCAACAUAUCGUUUCGGUGAACGACGCAUGACGCUCGCUUAUUGCGUAAUCAUGCUAGCUCUGGAGCUGGUGUUCUGGCUUGUACCAAAUCUCAUCAGCAGUGCAGUUACUCUUUGCCUCUUGGGCUUCUUCUUCGGGCCUCUGUUUGCGACUGGCAUGUCUGUAGGGUCGAAGCUUUUCACAAAGGACGAGCAGCCGACGGCUCUGGGGCUUGUAUUUGUCCUGGCUCAGGCAGGCGGCUCAUUCUUUCCUGCCAUCACCGGAAUCGUAGCGAGCCGUGCUGGUGUGAGAGUCAUGCAGCCUAUCUUGGUUGGCUUGAUUGUUGCUACUGGAAUGUCUUGGGUAUUAGUCCCGAAGGUCAAGAGAAGAGAUGUAUAA